AUGGCUAAAAGACCAGGCCGAGGCUUUGCGUUCGUCCUUUUGUCACUCUCGCACAAAGCCAUUUCAUGCACAAUCGAAGUGCCAUGCAAGAGAAGCCGCAGAAACCGCGUCAGCAACCUCCACAACAGAAGCAAAGUAUGUUUCCGUCAAUGCGGCGGCGCUAUGGACAUGACCGGACCUCGAAGCUGGCGUUUGCGCCCGGCGCUUGCAGACACGUUCAUCGAUCCACUGGCACGCUCCCACAUCGAGUGCAAAUGGAUACUCACAACUGUUCGCUUCAUUCAUGCAAUGCAAAACGGCCAUCGUCAGUCGACCACCGCGCAUUCGUCCACGUUUUGGCGGGUGCUGCAAGUUUCUGCACUCGACGCAACUCCCACCAGCAAACGUCGAACGUAG